AUGGCCAUGGACAAGCUCUACGACGUUGUCAUCGUUGGCGCAGGGCCUGUCGGGCUUUUCCUAGCAUGCGAACUAGGGCUGGCACGUCUUUCUGUACUUGUCCUUGAACGUGAUUUGACUCUCAGGUCGCCCUGGAAGGAUGCGCCGCUAGGCCGACGGGGUAUGAACACGUCGUCAGUCGAGUCCGUUUAUCGGCGCGGCCUGCUGGGCAAAUUCUUCGACAUAAACAAGAGGCCAUCUGUUCUCGCAAAAACCUCCGGGUUUCAGUUCGGUGGCCAUUUCGCCGGCAUAUCGUUCAAUGCCAACAAGCUCGAGUUGGAUCGUUGGAAAUACCGCCUUCCGGGGCCAGCCUUAACCCCCGGUCCCACUACGAUUCAGGAAGUUGAGAUGAUACUCACUGAGCGUGCUGAGAGCCUGGGAGUGACGAUUCUUAGGGGUCACGGUGUCAAGGGAAUACACACGCAGGAUGACAACAGUGUCACCGUGGACGCUGGAGAAAAUCAAUUAUUCCGCGGCAGGUGGCUGGUUGGGUGUGAUGGGGGACGAAGCACAAUUCGCAAAGCUGCAGGAUUUAGCACUGUAGGAACAGAGGCUAAAUUCACCGGCUAUGUGAUUCAGGGCGACUUCGACAAUUUCGACAAACUGAAACCGGGAUUCCACCCUACAAACAGCGGAAUGUAUAUCAUCGGGGGGCAGAGUAGUAUAUUUUUGUUCGAUUUCGACGGCGCUGCUUUUGACCGCACGCAGGAGAUUACACAGGAUCACCUUCAACAAGUUCUAGACCGCGUGACAGGCUUGGCAGACUUGAAGAUCCAGAAGGUACAUCUCGUGUCUUCGUUCACCGAUCGCUGUCAACAAGCUACAGCGUACCGCAAAGGUCGCAUUCUCCUUGCUGGUGACGCUGCACACAUCCACUCACCACUUGGGGCUCAGGGUAUGAACCUCGGACUGGGCGACGCCAUGAACUUGGGUUGGAAGCUGGCUGCGACAGUUCGACGAGAGUCCAGCCAGGACAGAACUCCAGCAGAUCUAGCGCUUCUCGACACGUACGAAAGCGAGCGUCACCCCAUUGGGGCCUGGGCGCUUGACUGGACGCGCGCGCAGGUCUCCAUCCUGCAGCCUGGACCAUUCGGUGCGGCCAUUCGAACAGUCGUUAGCGACCUCAUUGAUACUACUGACGGAACGAACAUGUUCAUGGACCGCUUCUGGGGGCUGUCGCAGCGGUACGAUCUCGACAACAACGAACACCCGCUCGUCGGAUGCAGUGCACCCGAUUUCGAACUAGAUGACAACUCGAGGCUGGGCCACAAGUUGGAGCAGGGCCGGGGGUUGCUUCUCGACUUCAGGGGCGACACAACGCUCAAAGAGCUGGUCGUUGGUGGAACAUACGGGGCCAGAGUCGCCUACUUGAACGUGGACGCAAAGGACAGGCGCGACAUCAGUGCCUUGUUGAUCCGGCCUGAUGGAUUUGUUGCAUGGGUGGUGGACGACAGCGAGAAGCCUGACCUGGAUGCUGCGAAGGCUGCCCUGGAGAAAUGGUUUGGAUGUUGA